GUACGUACUGCUCCACCAUUUUGAGAUCAGCGCAGUUAGACGUUAACUAGCCUGUCCUACUUCAAACAUGUCUGACCAGCUUUGCAAACUUUUUGUCGGCGGUCUCAACGUGGACACCGACGACGAUGGCCUGCGCAAGCAUUUCGAGCAGCACGGCUCUCUCACCGACUGCGUGGUGGUGGUGAACAAGCAGCUGCAGCGGUCCCGCUGCUUCGGCUUUGUGACCUACUCCACGCCGGAGGAGGCCGACGCUGCAAUGGCGGCGAGGCCUCACACCGUCGACGGCAACGCGGUCGAGGUGAAGCGGGCCGUGGCGAGGGAAGACGCCAACAAGCCCGAGGCCCUGGCUAAGGUAAAGAAGAUCUUCGUCGGCGGUCUGAAAGACGACAUCGAGGAGGAGCACCUGAGCGAGUACUUCUCCCAGUACGGCCAGAUCGAGAAGGCCGAAGUCAUCUCGGAGAAGGAGACCGGGAAGAAGAGGGGCUUCGGCUUUGUUUACUUCACCGACCACGAUGCGGCCGAUAAAGCGGUCGUGGUGAAGUUUCACACCGUUAACGGACACAAAGUGGAGGUGAAGAAAGCCCUGACCAAGCAGGAGAUGCAGGCGGCCAACAGGAGCGGUAUGCCGUCGAGGGGCAGACCUGGCAGAGGCAUGAGAGGCAAUCAAAAUGGCUACGGCGGCAGGGACUACGGCGGAAACUACAACUACGGAAAUGGCGGAGGCUACAACUGCGGCGGAGGCUACGGAGGGUAUGGCGGCGGACCAUAUGGGGGUGGUUACGGAGACCAGGGAAGUGGCUAUGGCGGUGGAAACGGCUACAACGACUUUGGCAGCGGCUACGGGCAGCAGUCUUCUGGCUACGGCCCCAUGAAAGGUCCUCCCUUCGGCGGCCAGAGGAGCGCUGCUCCCUACAACAGAGGAGGUGGCGGCGGUGGCUACCCGAGGGGCGGCUAUGGCGGCGGCUACUGAAAUGAGUCUGCAGAAAUCAACCACCCCCAUCCUCUGCCAUAAAUUACCUCCAGCCAGGAUUUGGACGCAAAAAUCAAAUUCAAAAACGGGGCGUCUGCCGUGAAAUCCAACCAUGGCAGAGAUACGGACACAGAGACCCCCUAAUCAUCAGACCUCAAAAACCCAAACAGGUUGCUACCUGGGACCACAUCACCCCUGAAAAAAAGGACGGGGUGUGUGUCUCCACACGGACGGGGGACCGGAGAGUUGUUGUGCCUUCUCCCCCUCAGGUGAAUUCAGUUUUCAAAAGGAUUCCAAAGUGUGGUCUAAAUGCCUUUUUUUUUUUAAAAAGGCAUUAUAAAGGGCUUUUAUUCUGAAAGGUUUUAUUUAAGAUUUGAUGGGUUAUAAAGUUUUGGAACACAGUGCCCCAGUGUAAUCACAAAUGUUCUUUCCCAAUGACCAGCACUGCUUAUUAAUGAUGGACCUGCAAUGUGAUAUUCAUGAGUUAUAAUUGUUGUUUUUUUAAGAGCCUAGAACUUUUUGGAUUAUCAUUAAAAGUACAAUUUUAUGUUAAA